GCGCCGCCCUCUGGAGAGCGCCUGGGAGAGGCUGGUGUGAAGAGCCGCAUUUCAAUGAGGGCCGGGCUAAUGCAAAUCACUGCAACCGGCAGCAGCAGAAGAAAGGCGAAGCAGCUGCAGCCCGGGCUCCCCGGCAGCGCGCUACAGCCAGGGGAGGCGUAACAAAGGCAGCAGAGCCGCUUUCUGCGGCAGCUCCUGCGCCUACAGCCGGGUGGUCGCGGGGGGAGGGCGGGAGCCGCCGCUCUUUGGCCGCUUCCCAUUCCGAGCCGCCGCCUUCCCUCCGCGCCCGGCCGGCAGGUCUGAGUGAGGAGGUGCCCUCCAGGCUGCGGAGAGCAGGUUGAACUUCAAGAUGUCCCUUGGGAGAGAUAUGGAGCUGGAGCAUUUUGAUGAGCGUGAUAAAGCACAGCGAUAUGGCAGAGGGUCCCGGGUGAAUGGUUUACCCAGCCCUACCCACAGUGCCCACUGCAGCUUUUACCGAACCCGUACCCUACAGACCCUGAGCUCUGAGAAGAAAGCCAAGAAAGUUCGUUUCUAUCGUAAUGGAGACCGGUAUUUCAAAGGGAUUGUAUAUGCCAUCUCCCCUGACCGGUUUAGGUCCUUCGAAGCUCUCCUGGCUGACCUGACCCGAACUCUGUCCGACAAUGUGAACCUGCCCCAGGGAGUGAGAACAAUCUACACAAUUGAUGGCUCCAAGAAGAUUUCCUCCUUGGACCAGCUAGUAGAAGGGGAAAGUUAUGUAUGUGGCUCCAUAGAACCCUUCAAGAAACUGGAGUACACAAAGAAUGUAAACCCAAACUGGUCAGUGAAUGUUAAGACAACUUCUACUUCUCGUUCAGUGCCAUCUCUUGCCACUGCUAAAGGAGGUGCUCCAGAUACAAAAGAGAAUAAGGAUUUCAUUAGGCCUAAACUGGUCACUAUCAUCAGGAGCGGAGUGAAGCCACGUAAGGCAGUCCGAAUUCUGCUCAACAAGAAGACAGCACAUUCCUUUGAACAGGUUCUUACUGAUAUAACUGAUGCCAUCAAGCUGGAUUCAGGGGUGGUUAAACGCCUAUACACACUAGAUGGAAAACAGGUGAUGUGCCUUCAGGAUUUUUUUGGCGAUGAUGACAUUUUUAUUGCAUGUGGACCAGAAAAGUUCCGUUACCAGGAUGAUUUCUUGCUGGAUGAAAGUGAAUGUCGGGUGGUGAAAUCUACUUCCUAUACUAAAAUAGCUUCGAGUUCACGUAGGAGCACCACCAAGAGUCCAGGCCCAUCCCGACGCAGCAAGUCUCCUGCUUCUACUAGUUCAGUGAAUGGAACCCCUGGUAGCCAACUUUCUACUCCUCGCUCUGGGAAGUCUCCAAGCCCAUCUCCCACCAGCCCAGGAAGCCUACGGAAACAGAGGAGCUCCCAACACAGUGGCUCCUCUACCUCAUUAGCAUCCACCAAAGUUUGCAGCUCUAUGGAUGAAAAUGAUGGCCCUGCAGAAGAAGUGUUGGAGGAAGGUUUCCAGGUCCCAGCGUCAAUAGCAGAGCGAUAUAAAGUUGGAAGGACUAUAGGAGACGGAAAUUUUGCUAUUGUGAAGGAGUGUAUAGAAAGAUCAACUGGUAGAGAAUAUGCUCUGAAAAUAAUCAAGAAAAGUAAAUGUAGAGGAAAAGAACACAUGAUCCAGAAUGAGGUAUCUAUUUUAAGACGAGUCAAGCAUCCCAAUAUUGUACUUUUGAUCGAGGAGAUGGACAUGCCAACUGAGUUGUACCUUGUCAUGGAACUUGUAAAGGGAGGAGAUCUUUUUGAUGCUAUUACUUCAACCAACAAAUACACAGAGCGGGAUGCCAGUGGGAUGCUUUACAAUCUGGCCAGUGCCAUCAAAUAUCUUCACAGCCUGAACAUUGUCCACAGGGAUAUCAAGCCGGAGAAUCUACUGGUUUAUGAACAUCAAGACGGAAGCAAGUCCCUGAAGUUGGGAGACUUUGGCCUAGCAACAAUUGUGGAUGGACCUCUAUAUACUGUCUGUGGGACUCCAACAUAUGUAGCUCCAGAAAUCAUCGCUGAAACUGGAUACGGCUUGAAGGUGGACAUCUGGGCAGCGGGUGUGAUUACUUACAUCCUGCUCUGUGGUUUUCCUCCAUUCCGUGGAAGUGGAGAUGACCAAGAAGUGCUUUUUGAUCAGAUAUUGAUGGGACAGAUGGAUUUUCCAUCUCCAUAUUGGGACAAUGUUUCUGACUCUGCAAAGGAACUUAUCACAAUGAUGCUUCAAGUAGAUGUAGAUCUGCGAUUCUCAGCCUUGCAAGUUCUUGAGCAUCCAUGGGUUAAUGAUGAUGGCCUUCCAGAGAAUGAACAUCAGCUCUCAGUAGCUGGGAAGAUAAAGAAGCAUUUCAACACAGGCCCUAAGCCGAACAGCACAGCAGCUGGCGUUUCUGUCAUAGCAGCCCCUGCCAGACCACCGCUCUUGAUAAGGAGAGGCAGGUUUUCCGACGAAGACGCAACCAGGAUGUGAGGGGACGUUAUAAGGCUCAGCAAGCUCCACCCGAACUCAACUCCGAAUCGGAAGACUAUUCACCAAGUUCCUCCGAGACUGUUCGCUCACCUAACUCACCCUUUUAAGAAAACACUUUUUCUCAAAAGCUUUGGCUUUAACCCUUUGAGACCCUGAAACUGCUUCAGGCCUGUGUGGAGGGAAUACAGUGGAUCUAUCCAGCAAUAAAAGCUGGGAUGGUGGAACACAAAAGGGUGCUCAUAGAAUCUUUGUAAGAAUAAUUUCCUAAUUGAUUGAAAUACUUGUUCUCUGUUUAGAUUGCAACUUGCUGCUAAUAAGAUCCUCAAAGGGUUAAGGCUAUUUUGCUUUUUUAUUUAAAGAUAGAAGCAGUGAAUGUUUUCAUCAGUGGAGCUAGGAACUGCAGUAUGUAAUUUUAGCACAUGUUAACCCUCUGAGUAAAUGAUCACCUUAAAUCUUGACAACCCAUAUUAGGGUUUUAUUCUGGCUUUUUUGCUUUUAUACGCACAUAUCUUUUAUAGUAUCCUUGCCUGUCUCUGGCCAAAAAUAUAUCAAAUGUACUAUUGCUUAGGAAUUAUAAAUAUAGGCUUAAAAAUGAAAAUAAAAUUAAACAAAUGGUAUCUUCUGCAGCAGCUCAUUCCAAACCUGCAUCAUAUUUCCACACGGAGUGACUGUUAUUGGAGGCUAUGAUGAAGAGCUAAAUGGGAAAUUCAGUUUAGGUCAUUCUCAUGGUUUACAGAAGAUGACAUGAUGAUGGCCACAAAAGAUUGCUUCCAUAUAUUUGCUGCUAAUGAUAAUGUUGUUUUGGGAAAUUGCUUGAGGGCACAUUCUGCCAUGUAAUAGUAUGUAAUGAUCUAGCUGAGAAGUUCCUGGUUCCUUUGCAUCACAUUCAGGAAUGUACAGGUAUCCUCUCAGUAUGAUCUGGUUUUUCCGGCAGAACCAUUUAAAAAGAUUAACACUGAUGAGCAUUACCCUUUAAAUAGCUAGAGUACUUCUAAAUUGGAGAAAAUACAAGUCAUUUAAUAUAUAUGUAAAGCCUAAACAGAAUGAGAAGUUUUGUCUUUAGAAUGGAGAAACUAAAAAUGAUUCACCAGUUUUAUUUGUAAUAUUUAAUAAAAUGGGCAUUUACACAGAGUAUAUAUAUAUUACUGGUUUGUUAAAACCUCAAGACAACAUUAUAGCUUUUUAUUUGACAAUUAUCAUAAAGUUGGCUUCCACAGAAAUAUUACAGUGUGUAGACUUUUGCUUCAGAUGUGAUAUGAAAAAAAAAAAAAGAUGGCUCAAAAUUUCACUUGAAUGAAAAACAACUUUCAAAAUCACGUUCUAAAAUAAAAAACAUUGUGAAAUUUAUAGUUUUUCUUAUUGCUCAUCACAGUGUUUUUUAAAAGUCACAUGUGGUUUCCUCUCUCUCUCUCUCUCUCUCUCUCUCUCUCUCUCUCUCUCUCUCUCUCUCUUUCUCUCUCACUCUUUCUCUUUCUCUCUCCCCCCAGCCUUGCCUUUUAUCUUGCCUUUAUUCUUUCUUCCUUCAUUUUUCUUUCCUGGUAUACAGCCAGAAGUAUCACUAUACUUCCCAAAAUGAUGUGCAGAUAUUCUCAGCUUUCCGGGAAGUAGAAAUAAAUUUUCAGGAACAGGGCAAGUUGCCCACAGUACCAUUCCCAUUCUGAGUGGUGUUUGUUCACAGAACUGUCCGUAUGAGCAGUUGUGGCAGCCAAUGUAUACCUGCAGCCGGUGGGGGCUAGUGUAAAGCUCUUUGCACUUCUAGGUGGAAGUAUCAGUUGAACUGUAGUUCAAGAAACAUUGGAAUUCUGUUCUUCGUCUUAAAAAGAGCAUCUUUCAUUGCCUCAGACAUGAAAACUUACAGAAAUUUAAUCUUGUGGAUCUUCACACAAGUGGUAUAAGUAUUUAAUAAAUAUUUUUUAAUCCAUCUGAUAUUGAUGAUCUAGAAGUGAGAUAUUUAGUAGAAACUAGUUCUCCAGAUUUCCUGGGUAAUACAGAGAGAUGAGCAUUCCAGGUUUGAUUCAUCUCACCUGACAAAGGCACACAUUUUAGGCAGGACUCACGUUUUGAUUAACCUAUUGGUCUCACUCCAUCAACUGUAGAAGGAACUGCUGGUAGAAGCUUACAUCAGACACCAACUUCAGAUUUUGAGUUUACUAGAAAGUCAUCUAAGCCAUCAGGAGACUGAUCUCUGAAUGCAUGUCCAUGGGCAGAAGGCUUCAGUUACUCUGUCUGGAACCUGAGUAAAAACAUUUUAAAGCAAGUGAAGCAAAUAAGAGAACUCCAUUGGAUCAGGAGGUGAGGGGACAAAGGAACUACCAUACAAAUGUUCUCAGAUUUUAGGUUUGGGAAAGGGUUGUAUCUGUGUGUCAGAUCCUUCACUAUAACAAUCCCACCCUCGACUCAUUCUGGAGAGAAGAUGCUCAGUAGAUAGGGAACAACCACUGUCAUCUUAAUGGCUGUACAUUCAUAACUUUUGGAUGGGGCAAGGAUUUUUUUUUUCCAUAGGAUCAAAACGUCAGUCAAGAUAAACCAUUCCUUGCCGCUUACCUACCGUAAUUUACAGUAGGUCAGAAUCUGGCACAAGUUUGACCAGCACUGACCUUCCCACAUUUUAUCACAGCCUUCCCUUUAGAAGAGAUACAGCUCAGCUAUGUAAAUGUAAGACAUAUAUGUGGUAAUAAAAAAGUGUCCAUUAAUACCACAUGCUCCUUGACUAUUGUGAAAAUUUGGCAGUCUUAAAGCAAAGGCAAAUGUUCAUUCUUCUUAAUUAGAGAAGGAAGUCAGAAGAAAAAAAAUAUGGUUUACCUUAUGCAACAGAAAUAUUAUUCAAAAACCCAUCUGGGAUUUUCUUAUCACAUUUUCUUUGCUUUGGAAUACAGGGUUAUCAUUAAAAUAAGAUGUUUGGCUCCUUCAUCUUAGACCAUCUUGUAUUACUUUAAAUGUAUAUAAAAAUAAUCCUAGAUCCUGAAAAUCCUACUCAUCCUCAACAUCUUAUGUUUCUGAUUGUUGAUUCAUGUUUUAUGAACAUAACCAUAAAAAUAUUUCUUUAAAUUAUUUUUAGGUUUGUGAAAGACUGGGUUUCAAAUUGCUAAUAGCCUAUUUUAGGUUUCAAGGAAAGGUAUCUGAAAAUUUGAACUGUUUUAAAAGAGUUUCCAAUGGUGAUUUAAAAUAUAUCCAUAUACCCAUAGAUACAUAUUUUAAUAUAUCCAUAUAUGUAUAUAUAUUUAUGGUUUCAUGGAAGUUAUAAUGGUUUAGGCUUGUUUGGCAGUGACUGCCAUUUUUUUAGUCUAACCUCUGAAUUCUUGGGGGUAAGUGAAGAUAAGAAUAUGUGUCCCUAUAAAUAUUUGAAACACCAAUUAAAAAAGAAAUCAAGCAUAGUAGACUAUUUCUAAUGUGAAAAUCUGUGCGAGCACACCGUGGUCAUUUUACUGUAAUACAGACCAGUCCUGACUUCAUUCAUUUCCCUUUUGAAUCAUUGGCUGGUAUUGCUGCUAAAUGUGACAACAAUUGUUUUCGUUAGCAGAGAUGGAUGGCAGUUGUGGUAGGCACCAUCUAUCACCAAGGAGAUGGAGACGAGCACUUCCGAAGGGUGACUCAGGUCAUCUACUGUUUGGUCUCUGGAGAUGCCUGACAGCCUGAUCUUAGUAUUAGCAGGAAAGUAGAGCAGGGUCGCUUCCAGCUUAAUUCCUCUCAAUUAAAUAUAAGCGGGGAUAAUGUGGACUCUAACCUAAGUGGGAUAUUCUAGUCAGCUUACAUGCAGUAAGCAAACUUUGAUGCGAAAAUGUAGUACUGGAUAGUGCAGGAUUAGCUAAAAGGUAGUGAGCUGGGAAUUGUCUCAUCUAGAUGUAUCUGUCUAAGAGUUAAGCAUCUAAUAUAGGGCAAUAAUCUAAGCUUCCCAUAUAGGUGCUAGAGACUUGUUUCUCUAACAGAUAAUUAAAAUUCUAGGGUGGAUUAAUCACUCAUGAGAUGAGGUGCCUAGCCCAAAUAUAUUUAGAAUAUGAUUUAUUAAGUCAUGACAUAUAAAUUAGUAUUUCUGUAAGUUGUAAUUUUCACAGCAUUAAUGUACAAAAAAUCCAGAAUACUAUGGUUCUACUCAGAGGGUUAACAGAAAAGCACUAGGCAUGCUGAUUACAUUGGUGUAUCCAAACUGCUUUGCUUUUUUAGCCAGUGUUUGCUGAUUUUUUCAGAAAAUUCUUGAAAAAAAUCAAGUUUGAAAUAAUUUAAGUGUUGUUGUUUAAGGAAUUUCUAUAACCAAAUUAAUCUUAUUUUUAGCUCAAGUUAUCACAGGAAUAAUAUGUAUCAUUGAUGCAGUGUAAGUCUGUAGUUAUCAAUUUUAUUAAUUCCACAAGUGAUUCCAGAAAUCUCUCUUUUUUUAAAGUACUGAUAGAGCUUACAAUGGUGGCAUAGGUGACUGAGACUGUCUUUCUUAUUGGUAAAAAAACAAUAUUGUAAUUUCAAGAAAGUCCUAAGAAUCAGCUUUUCAGUUUGGUAGUGUACUAGUUAGGGGAAAGCUAUCUCAUUACAUGCAUUGUGUAAAUCAUCUUUGUAGAUGAAGAUUGUUCAUAUUAAUGAACACAUUCUUUUUUCCUUGACAUUGUAGCAAAAACUGUUUACUUGCUAAUGAACAACCAAUACAUUAAUUUGCUUCAGACUGUUAGAGGGGAAAGUGAGAUUCCAGUCAUUGACAAUGUUAUUGUUUUACAGUAGCCCUCAUCUAAUUUAAAUGUGGUGCAUACUACAAUAAGCAAAGCCAAACCUGUGAAUAAACUCCUGAAAAAGCCUGGUGGGUCUUUAUUCAGUUGGGUGCUUACAUACAGUAGCAUGUGACAGCAGGAAGGCUUUCAAGAAUUGUUGAAAUGAAAGCGAUAUAUCCACAAAUAAGAGUUAAAUUGCAAUCCUUUCCCUAUGGGGCAUAUAUGUUUGAAAAGAAAAAAUAAAGAAAAGAAAAGAAAAAUUGGCUCAGAGGUUUGCAGUGGUACUAUAUUACCACAGGGCAAGUACAUUAAAUCAUUGUUAUUUGCUAGCCUGGGGUAUAUGUUGGAAAAUGGCAUCUUUUUUAUUUAGUUUAGAUUGUGGGCAGGGAGAGCUUUCCUAAUAUUAUUGCAGUGCCUGCUAGUGCUGCUAUGGUUAAGGCUGUGUUAGUAUUUCCAUUAUAAACUCUUAGUCUCAAAGGUUUUUAAUUUGAUUGUAAAAAUUUCCUUCAGGCCAUAACUUGGCAUACAAUUUUUCAGCUCAGAGCAGUUCUUUUCCUAAAAUAUGAGAGAAAUCAGCUUGACCUCUUCAACAUUUAUUUUCUAAGUGUACACAAACAUUUAUAGACACAAAGGCAGUUUUUAUGCAGCUCAUUUCAGAUGUGUCACAUUCUCAAGCAUAUCUCACAGGUCUUAACUACAAAGGUGACAGCUCAGAACUUUUGGGCAUUUUGAAAACCAGGAGGAAAACUCAGUGAUCAAGAGCAAAAAUGUUCCACAUGUGGAAGAGUUUUAUUUUGACGUGACAAGCAUUUAAAGUUUGCACAGUAACGGGUAUGUAUACGCCCUGCUGAGUGCUCAUGUAAUUCCUAAACCCAUUAGUUUAAGUCAUUCAUGUAGAAAACGCUAAAUAUGAAUGUGCUGAAUUUCCCUGUAAGACUGGGAAAAGAAGCAGUUUUUUCUUGUGUUUUAUAGUAGCACCAUGGACAAAGCUGACAAUACCAGACAAGUGAAAGGGGUCCGGGAAGAGAAGAACCAAAAGGACAUGUUUUCUCUUAAGGGAAAAAAAAAAACUUCUGAAUAAGACAGAGUUGAAAACUCACACUGAAUAAGAUAGGUAUCAGAAAUAAUUUAAAAAGCAUAAGUAUAGAACCAUUUGAAAACUAUAAAAGUGCAAGGGAGCCAUGCAGCGUAGUGAAUCUGUGCGUGGAACCAAUCACCUACUAAUCUGGAGCAAAUUUACAGCUACAAACAGGCAUAAUUAAUAUACAAAUCAAACACACCCAAGAGCAGAUGGAAUUGAAAUCCUAGACAUUUUAGCAAACAUAAUGCAAACCUUUUCCUCAUAUAUUCACUAAAUGUGCAGCUGUUUGAAGUAGUGUUGCAUACAGACUAGUGGGGAAAUUAGGUGUUUAAAAAAUGGCUGCAAAUUAAUUGUUUUUAAUAGCAAUUUUACCUCACUGGGUCCUUUUAGGAAAGUACAGCUUUUAAAAAGUGAUGUCUAUGCAUUUUGUAUUUUUGUGCAUAUAUACUCGGAUAGCCCAUGCCAAAUGGCUUCAGUAAAAAUUGAAUUGCUAUAUUGAGGUUUCAUGUUGCCUGAAGUUUUCUGCAACAGAGGCCAGAGGAAGGGACAAAAACCUCCAUGAAAUAAAGAAUUUGUGGAUUGAUCCACCUGUAAUGGAGAUCUCUUUCUAAUCUUUCUCUUAGUGAUCAGCUUGGGUGAUAAACUACAGUGCUCAGUCAGGUCCAGAAGUAUUCUCCCUACCUAAGUGGGUGGGAAGGGGACAUUGAAUAGAGCUUGGCACCCAUUUUCUUUGCACCCUCCUACAGUGCUGCACAUUUUGUCAAGCCAUGCGUAAAUAUCAGGUUGGAAAAAUAAUUGUUUGCACCAAAUGAUAGAGCCAGAAAAAGCACAUUGGUAGGGGUUAGCCAUGACAAGGGUAGACUGGCAUUUGGAAGAUGGUUUCUAACCAGCCAAUCAGUCAGAUUUUUGAGAAUUUUUUCAAUAGAAACAUUGAAACUGAGAAACUCCAAAUGAUUGUUAGGUGCUACUUGAUCUCUUCAUGAAAACCUUUCUUCUUGAGGUGUGUCUGAUAUGUCCUCAUAUGUGUUUCCUGAUGUAGGAAGACUCUGGACUCAAAAAGCCAGAAGACAGCUUUAUUUCUGUGUGUCUAACAUAUUUUAAUGCUAGUGAUGAGUUAUUCAUACACAUAGAAUUUUAGAUGUCUUGAAAAAAAAAUCAGUGAUGAAAAAGAAGCUUAGCUUACUUGUCUAGAAUUACUCUCAGGAAGAGCUGACAUUACCUCCACGACUGUUGCUGCUGCUGCUAUUACUAUUCUACUACCACCAUUGUUGCCCUUCAGAGGUAAUUGCUUUAUUUGACCUGUGCAUCUCCAUUAGAUACCUGGAAUGCUUCAAACCUGCCAGUAAGACCAGCAAGGUCUUACAUGAGUAAGAGCAUCCAUAAAUUUGUUUUCUUUUCAAACAGAAUGCCCACAGCUAUUGAAGCUGGGUUCCAUCAUAUGGUGAGGGUUUGAGAAUUGGAAAGAGAUGGAUUAGUAAAUUGAAGGAGAGGAUUAUUUGUAAAGUAUAAACACAAUGUCCAAGGGAAUUCCUGGUGCUGUAUCUCACAAAAGAGAGUGAUAGAUUUUUUUUUCUUCAGCAAAUUCAAGCACGUAGGAAAAUGCAAAUAAGCUGUUGAGAUAUGAACUUCUGAUAAUUUGGUGUUUAUUGUUAAUCUUAACAAGGUGUAAUCUUUGUGACAUUCUUCAUGGUAAUAGGGAGAUGAAUUUAAGGUAAUGUUAGAUCUUGGAAACUUUUGCCAUUGCCAGUUAAGGGAUGGGUGGGAGGUAUCAAACUGACUGACUGAUACUAAAACAAGCAGUCCUGAAGAGGCAUUUCCAGAGAGAUGAUGUGAAAAAAAAAGUGGGGAGGAGGAUUAUUGAGUAUUUCCCAAAGGCCAGUUUAUCACUUGCCAUUUGUACUGAUCUUUAGUAUCUUGUCUGAGGGGAAAAAAACUGCUCAAAAUGGUCCAAGGUUAAAGACAUAGCCACUAUAACUUUUUUUUAAAAUUUUAUUAAGGAAUUAAUAAUAAGAUUUUAUAUUCUGCCUGAAAGGGAAUUGUUAAAGGAUUACUGGAGUGUAAAAUUAAAUAGCACUUUUCUCAUGCCAGCUAAAAAGCCAUCUAAGGAAUUGGUGGCCUUCAAACAAGUUUCUAAGUUAUUUAAAUUUAGAAAAAAUUUAAGAUUUUUUAAAAACUAUGCUAUGUAUUUGAUUGGUAUAAAGGAAUCUUUAAUUUUCAAGGUACUAAUUAAAUAAGUCCUAUAUGCUACAUAUUCCUGCAAAAAUAAGGAAGAAAGACAAAUUUUUCAAAAUGUGAGUGAAUAGAAAUUGCAUCUGAUAUUAUCACCUUAAUUUACAAGGUAAGUUUUUUAAGUUGCUGCUUACUCUUAUGUAAAAUAUUUGCUCUAAUUAGGUAAUAAAAGAAUAAAAAAGGAGAAACCACUUAAUACUUCAGCUCUACCCUCAGCUUCUAAUGAGUUCAUGUUUCUUGAGCAGAGAAUCAUUACAAUAUAUUUCAAUUCAGCCAUUACAAGCAAGCCACCAAGGAGUUAGAUCCAGCUGCAUUCCUGAGAAUCUGUGCACAACCUUUAAAAAUUAGUCAUGCAGCCACAUCCUAGCUUUCCCAUAUAAACCUCUGUACUACAGUGAGUCUUGAAGAACAUGGUAAUAAAAAAAGGAUGUAACUAUUCAGAAAAUUCUCACUUCAUGUGUUAAUGUCCCAGCACAGGAGGUCAGUUUGCAUAGAGGUAUGGAAAUCAAAUACUGUCCAGCUGUGGAUGGGCAGGCUUUGUAUCUAGUGCCCUUCAACACUAUACAUACCAACUCUCAUGAGAAAUGUGAAUGGUAUUUAACAGUGUAAGCCUGCUAAAUACCACUAAUGAUUGGAAGUUUGAUUGUAAAUGGCUGGAUUUUAGGAAUUAUCUGGUGAAUUAAGAAAUAGAAUAAAGGACCAGAGAAUAAUGCAUUGCAUAGUGCUCUUUCAUUUGUUCUGACAAUUGAUUUAAUUUUCAUUUUGUACUUUUACUGUCACCAAGUAUGCUACUAAUGUUUAAAAAUUGCAGGUAAUAAAAAUUACAAGAUCCCACCAGGGCUCUCUGAUUAUUUUUGAUGAAAGGCAGGAAAAGUGCUAUUUUAUCUGUGUUGAUAAAAACAUGUAUUUAACCCUACUUUCAUUUACAAGCUAAUAGUUGCAAUUUAACCACUGGUUCAUGAAUGAUUCUUGAUUCAGGACAUAGCUGCAGAUCUAAAGAGUCUGUUAGAUGUCUGUCUGUCUAGAAUACUGAUUUUUUUUUUUCCCCACAGGGAUUAUUAAUUGACAACUGGGUUAUAGGCAUGUGGUAUUAUCCCUUUUGGAUUUUGUCAACCCAAAGAAUUUGUCCUUCAUCUUACUGGCAGCACAAGAUUUUGGCAUGCCAAAAUGAAGGCUAAUGAUUUGUGAAUAUAAUAAUCCUUCAUGAACCCUCAUGUCAACCCUUUCCUCCUCUGCUCCUGUCCACACACCUCUAGCCUGUCCAGCCACUUGUUUCUUUCUCCUUUCCUACACUUCACUUCUCUUGUGUGGUUCAAAUAUUGUACAUCUGUGUGUAAAACAGAGCAGGGCAACUGCUCCAGGGGAAUAAAAAUCUUUGCCCUGCAUUAA